UGUCCGCCCACCUCCGGCCUCGCUCAGCCCACCGAGUCCGAUGGCGGCGGCCGCGCGCAGGGACCCGGCUCAGGAGCAAAGUGCAGCGCGGCCAUGAGGCCUGUCCCCUCGCCGCCCGAGAAGUCCGUCUCUCCUGGCGGGAAUGAGGUGGGCUAAGCCGGGUGCGAAUAGGCGUUCUCUGGCCGCCAGAGAAGAGAGCCCGCCGCGGGGGUCAGCGAGGAGGCCGGGCGCCCGGGAGGAGGCAAUGGCGGUAGUCGGUGGUACUGUCCACGGACUGCUGCUCGGCCCGCCUUGGAUGUUGGAGAACUGGUGGCCUCCUGGUGUAUAUUCUGAGAAGGGCUACGGCGAAGUGUGGGUGUUGCAGGGUGGUGUGACCUUUGAGGACAUUGCCGUGUACUUCUCCUGGAAGGAGUGGAGGCUUCUUGAUGAGGCUCAGAGACGGCUCUACCACCAUGUGAUGCUGGAGAACUUUACACUUAUAUCCUCACUGGGUUGUUGCUGUGGAGCAGAGGAUGAGGAGGCACCCUUUGCCCAGAGCACUUCUGUAGGCGUGUCACAGACCAGGACGCCCAAGGCAGCUCAGUCUUCCCGGAAGACCCACCCCUGUGAGAUGUGUGGUCCAGUCUUGAGAGGCAUUUUCCACUUGGCUGCGCACCAGGGAAAAGAAAACAGCCAGAAACUGUUGAGGUGUGGGGCCUGUGGGAAACGAUUUUAUUUCAUUACUGACUUCAGAAAACAUGAGAAACAGCACAUGGGAGAGAAACCCUUCAGAAGCCGUGUGGACAGGGCCUCUGUUGUGAAGAGCUGGGGAUUCCAUGGUGCAGGAAAGCCCCUUACCUGUGGAGAGGUUCAGAAGGACUUCCUGUCUGGCUCGGGGCAUCUGCAGCAAGAGGCCACUCGUACUGGGGAGAAGCCACACACGAUCACCCAGUGCAGGGCAACUUUACAAAGCAGAAAAAGUCAUGACACCUGGGGAGAAAGCAAGAACGCCUUUGGUCCCAAACACACACAUAUUCAGGACCAGGGUGUCCGCCUUGGAAGACAGUCCUUUGUGUGCAGUGAAUGCGGGAAAGCAUUCAGGUACAAAUCUUUAUUUGCCAUACACCAGAGAUACCAUACUGGAAAAACAUACGAGUUUGGUCAAUGUGGAAAAUCCCUUAGGCAGACACCAACCCUGAAUGAACAUGGAAAGACUCACAGCGCAUCCAGACAGUACACGUGCAGCAAAUGUGGGAAAUCCUUAGGCCGUAAAUCUGUCCUCAUUGAUCCCCAGGGAUGGCACAGUGGGGUGAAGAGUUAUGUUUGCAGUGGAUGUGCAAAAGCUGUUAGCUGUAGCUCAGUGUUGAUGACUCAUAGGGUUGAGUCUGGAGAAGGGUUUUAUAAGUGUCGUGGCUGUGCAAAAUCUUUUCCCUCUAUGUCUGCCCUCUCACAUCAUCAGAGAUCUCAUGCAGGGAAAAGACGGUAUGAGUGCAGUGAUUGUGGGAAAUCUUUUACCAGUAGUUCUGCCCUCCGUUCUCACCAGAUAGUUCACACUGGUCAAAAGCCUUAUAAAUGCAGUGCAUGUGGGAAAUCUUUUGUUCGUAAUUCUUCCCUACGUUAUCACCAGGCAAUUCAUAGUGGAGAAAGGCCGUUUGAGUGUAACGAAUGUGGCAAAUCUUUUAUGAGUAGUAAUGGCCUCCGAUAUCACCAUAAUGUUCACAACGGAGUGAAGCCUUAUAAGUGCCAUGAAUGUGGCAAAUCUUUUAUGAGUAGUUCUUGCCUUCGUUGUCAUCAGACCAUUCACACUGGAGAAAAGCCUUAUAAGUGUGACGAGUGUGGGAAAUUCCUUGCUAGUAGUUAUUCCCUUCGUUCCCACCAGAGACUUCAUACUGGAGAAAGGCCUUAUGUGUGUAUUGAAUGUGGGAAAUCCUUUCUCCAUAAAGUUACCCUUAGUAAACACAUAAAGCUUCACUCAGGUGAACGGCCUUAUGAGUGUAAUGAAUGUGGGAAAUCUUUCACUACUAGAUAUACCCUCCGUUAUCACCAGCGAAUUCAUACUGGACAAAAGCCUUAUCAGUGCAUUGAAUGUGGGAAAUCUUGUACUACUAGUUCUGAUCUCCGUAGUCACCAGAGAGUUCACACUGGAGAAAGGCCUUAUGAGUGCAGUGAAUGUGGGAAAUCUUUUACUCGUAAUUCUGCCUUCCGUUAUCACCGGAGACUUCACACUGGAGAAAGGCCUUAUGAGUGCUGUGAAUGUGGGAAAUCUUAUACUAGUAGUGCUGCCCUCCGUUCACACCAGAGUGUUCACACUGGACAAAAGCCUUAUGAAUGCUGUGAAUGUGGGAAAUCUUUUACCACUAGUUCUGCCCUCCGUUAUCACCAGAGAUUUCACACUGGACAAAAGCCUUAUAAGUGCAGCGAAUGUGGCAAAUCUUUUACCACUAAUAAACAGCUCCGUGUUCACCAGGUAGUUCACAGUGGAGAGAGGCCUUAUGAAUGCCCUGAAUGUAGCAAAUCCUUUUCACGAAAACAUACACUCAAUACACACAAAAAGCUUCACUCAGGUGAACGGCCUUAUGAGUGUAAUGAAUGUGGGAAAUCAUUUACUGUUAGUUCUACCCUCCGUUUGCACCAGAGAGUUCAUACUGGAGAAAGGCCUUAUGCAUGUAAUGAAUGUGGGAAAUCUUUUACUGGUAGUUCAGCCCUCCGUUCGCACCAGAGUGUUCACACUGGAGAAAGGCCUUAUGAGUGCCGUGAAUGUGGGAAAUCUUUUAUCAGUCAUAAUGGUUUUAGAUACCAUUGUAGUCUUCACACUGCAGGAAGGAUUUAGAAUAGCACAGAAGGUGAUACUUCCUUGCUUAGUAUAGUUUAGGCUGGAGGACAACCUCUGAGGCAGCCACCUACCUGACUCGAACGUGGUUCACCUGAAUGUCCACCGUGGAGUGACUUCCCAUAAGUUCCAGCUAUUUUCAGAAAAACUCAGAACCUGCAUUGUGCUCUCUGGUGUGCAUGCAAGUCAUUGCAAGAUGGAAGUCCCCGUCAGUGUCUGUGGCAGAUGUCCUUUCACCUCUGCCACCUGGCGGUUCCCAAUAGUGUGCAUAAGUCACCACCCCAACAUGGUUAAUGAUGCCGACCUGUCUGCUUUCUCGUUUGUGCAUCUAAAUUAUGGGUAAUUGGAACUCCUCAUUUCGUUCUAAGUUAGGGCAUGGAUGUGACCCAGUGUUGGUCCACAGUGGGUGAUCUGAGUUCUGGGUGGUGACUUGCACAGGAAGACUAAAUCCCAUGGAGAUGUUGUUGGUCUCAUGAUGCUUUGAUGACUGUUUGCAGCUCCCAGGUCACCACACAGGAAUUGUGUGCUACGUGUUGCUCUGGUUGAUGCAUUAGUAAACGCCAUCUUGGUUUAGUUACCUUUUAUCUUGUAUGUUGUGUGCACUCUAGGGGGUGGUUUGAAAGUAGGAUUGGGCUCUCCCAACAUGAGGGAACGAGUAGAUUGAGCAUCCCAGACUUGCUGUGUCUGAGAGGAUAAUUGCAAAUAAAUAAAAAAUACGGACAUAUAUACAUAAAUAAUCCAGCUUCUGUGUAAAUUUGCAGUAUAACCCAAGACCUUUGUGAUGGGCUGAUUUGUACCCCAAAUCCAUAUUUUGAAGUUUUAACCCCCAGUCCCUCACAAUGUUAACAGUAGUUAGGUAUAGCAUCUUUAAAGCGAUCAUGAAGUUGAAAUGCGUUAUUAGGAUGGACUCAUGUAGAAUGGCUGGCACCGUGAUAGGGAGACGAGGAUACAGGCACACACAGAUCACCAUGUAAAGACAGGGAAUCCCCAUCUACAAGCCAAGGAGAGAGGCCUCAGAAGAAACUAACCCUGCUGACACCUUAUGUUUGAUGUUGAGACUCCAGGUUUGGGGGGAAAUAAAUUUGUUGUCUGAUCA